AUGUUUGCUCUGCUCGGCGGUUUCGGCGAAAACAAACAACCGGCUGCACACAUACUCGCGUAUUGCAAUGUCACACCACCCACUUGUGGUGGGUAUGUGGGUCGGUGUGUCCCACUAUGGUGGAAAAUUCUCGGCAGCCGUACAUACCGCAGUUUCGAAACCACCGCCCGAGUCCGCCCGUCGACGAUGCGUUUUCUGUGGGUGUGCGUCGCGGUCCUGAGCGGCCUGGUGGCCGUCGGCCGGUGCUUCGUGUUCACGCCCGAACCGAUGAAAGCGGCCGCCAACAUACUCCGCGGGGUGUUGGCCUACGACCGGGAAUGGCAGACAAUCCUCACCCAGCAACUGGAUCCGGGAGAGGUGGACUUUGAAGGGAAGCUGGACGAGCUGGACCUGACUCCGGCACCGGGCACCGGGAUCACGCCGCAUACGAUCAUCCAGCGGUUGGUCACCCGCAGGAGCACGACGGGCACGCAGUUAAUGUACGGCAUACGGGUACUGGGCAUUGCGCUCGUCAAUCAGUUCAUUACCACGUUGAUGGUGCACUCGUACUUGGCGUCCAAGUUCGCCGACCGCAAGGAGGCCGACCCGGCGUCUAUGCGGGUCGGUAUAUCCAAGAUCCAGGUGUCGCUGGUGAAUUUUGCCAGCAAAGCGGCCUUCUUCGGCCAUCCAAUAGAUUUUUUCAGGCAGUUAAACGAUGGCAUCAAUGAGUUUCUCGAUGAAAAUAAGGACAUGUUGGAUAGCAAAAAAACAAACAUGAUACAGGCUACACGGACAAAAAUAAUGGACUUCUUGACGACAUUCUUUGACGCCACCAAAGAAAAGAUAACGAAAGUGUCACACAGCUACAAGAACUUAGAUGAUACAGAAAUUCGUGAAAUUAUGAACUCCUUAAAAUUAAGAGGCGAACUUCCGAAAGUAAUCGAUAAAAAAAUGGACCGUCAUGAUCUGUACAAUAUGAUUAUUUAUAUAGAUGAUUAUGGGCAGGUAAACGUCAAGAGUGUUGGAUUAGAUUUCGGCGAAAAAAGAUUUAAAAUCAAUAAGUACAUACCCAAGGAUGACGACCCAAAUAUCUAG